GCCCAAACAGGCAACAAGCGUCAUUGAUAUCGAAGCAGCACGACUACCUGCACGUAGUGUCCCUUUAUAUAAUAUACACUAUCUACCACGGGCUUACUUCAAGUCCAUAUGCCAUUAGUCAAGGAACGCCCUUUUCACACCUUGCCGGAACUCCAUGAACAACAAGCCCAAGACCCAGAUCAAGUUAUCAGUGGCGAAGUCCGUCAACGAUGGCCGAAGAAAGCUGUUGUACUUGCGCGACACUCCUUAAGAACGUGUUGCCGCAAUACGAUGAAAAGAGUGAGAAACCAAAAGGUCAUGACCGACGACUAGAAUGUUGCCGGAGGGUCAUCUGUGGGAACUGCAUAGCUGAUAACCAGCGAUUUGCUACUUACUGUCCUUUCUGCCAAGUAUCCACCAAACCAUCUCCAUUACCACAAGGGCUUCGCGAUCCGCCGACAUACACGCCACCUUCCUCGACCUCCAGACAACCCCAAGAACCCCCCGCAUAUUCCGACGAGCUCCCUAGCUACUCAUCGCUCACAAACCCCCCAAUCGUCCUCCCUGAGAAAUCCUCAAACGCCCAACCCGCUGAAGACGUCCUCCAUUUCCUAGACCACGAAAAAGAUACCCUGACAUCCUUAUCCUUCCGCUAUGGUGUUCCUGUAGCAGCUCUAAGAAAGGCAAAUAAUAUCACUUCGGACCAUCUGCUGCUGGCCAGACGGACGGUCAUUAUACCCGGCGAGUUCUAUAAAGGUGGUGUGAGUCUAAGUCCGCGGCCAGUGGAAGGAGAAGAGGAGGAAAAGAGGAAGGGGAUUGUGAGGAGGUGGAUGGUCGCGUGCAAAGUCUCGGAUGUUGCUCCGAAAUACAGGUAUGAUGUUGCUCUAGUAUAUUUGAAACAGGUCGAAUACGACCUCGAGGCUGCGAUCGAGGCGUAUAAAGAUGACGAGAGAUGGGAGAAAGAACAUCCCAUAGAGGCAAGUGUGAAAGGCAAAGGGAAGAGGCAUGACGUUGGGAAGAGGAGAUUUACUGGCCAGAGAUGA